AUGUAUGACACCGACAUCCUACGACCAGCAUGGCACACCAGCAGUAAAGCAAACAUUCAGAACACCUGCACUAUGGAUCACAGGGUUAAAGAACAAAAUGACAAUAGUAAUGGAAUUCAGAAAUCCGGAACAGCGGAAGGACAUUCGACAGAAGAUGUAAACUCUACAAACAUUAUUACAGACAACGUUAACAAGUUCGACAUGGAGUCACCGGAAACAGAAUCCAACACUACAGAAAACACGAGAUGUCGAUGUUCUAGAAAUAUUGUUACUUUUACAUUAGCAUAUGGGAGCUCUUCGAUGUUGACCAGUGCCCUAGCACUUUACAUGUCGUCACAGAUCACCACGCUGGAGCGACAAUUCGGACUUAGUAGCGGGGAGAGUGGUAUCAUCCUCAGCUGCAAUGAUAUUGGGUUCCUCCUGACAGUUCUACUGUUCGGCCAUUUUGGACCGAGAUUUCAUAUCCCCCGACUUCUGUCCAUGGCGGUGGUACUCUACGGAAUAUCCGGUUUAAUGUGUAGUUUGCCUCCAUUCAUUUCCGGUUUCAGUUCGUCGGUUGAUGGCAACAGUGUGUUAAACAAGUCCGAAGAUAACUCUAUGACAAGUUUGUGCAAACCCGAAGGAAAUAGUUCCAUCCAUUCGUGCAGCUCUGAGGAGACACUGAAGACUGAGCGAGUGAAAUGGGUAGUUGUGUACCUGGGGAUUUGUCUUGGUAUACAAGGAGUAGGGAAAUCCCCUCGCUCUCCUUUAGGGACACUCUAUAUUGACAACAAUACAGAAAAGGGGAAGACAGGACUAUACCUAGGAAUAACGACGGCACUCGGAAUGAUGGGCCCAUUCGUUGCUCUUAUGCUGGGAGGAGUGUUUGGCAAACUGCCUGUAGACUUGAAACAUACAACAAUGACACCAGAGGAUUCCCGGUGGAUAGGAGCAUGGUGGCUCGGUUUUCUUCUGUUCGGAUCCUUAUCACUUUUAGCAGCAAUACCACUGGCAACUUUUCCACGAAGAUUACCAUCGGCUCCAGUUCUUAAUGAAAGCCGCCUGAAGAAGAUCGAACAAAUGAAUAGGGAAUCUUUUUGUGAUAAGAUCAAAUCCUUGCCGAGAGGUUUACUUAAAGUGUUCCGAUGCGCUGUGUUUGACGUAUGUUUAGUAGCGACAUUGUGUCUUUUGUUUGGAGCCAUGGGAAAUACUAUAUUUGGACCGAAAUAUUUGGAGAAUCAAUUCAAUAUUCCAACGUGGAAAGCUAAUAUGAUCUUAGGAGUUGAAAAGUUAGGAACUGGAAUAAUAGGGGUGUGUCUUGGCGGAUACAUAACGUCACGUCUGCGCAUGAACCGACGGAAGUGUCUGAAGAUGGUUGUCGUUCUCAGUUUCUUAACAACGGCACUGUCCAGUCUCGAGUUCAUUUUUGGUUGCGAAAACCCACCAGUUAAAGGUCCAACGUCCGUACAGAGCUGCAACUGUGAGGACGUGACAUACCAGGCGGUAUGUGGAUCAAACGGACAAACAUUCAUCACACCUUGUCACGCGGGCUGCCUUAAUGUCACAGACAAUCUGUACAGUAACUGUCAGUUCGUGUCGGGUGAUCAGAAGGCACGGCCUGGUAUCUGUGAUAGUGGGUGUUCGUUCCUUAUUCCUUACGUUGCCGUUUCCAUGAUUUCUACUCUAGUAGCCACAAUGGGCAUUAUGCCAAUAUACCUUGUAUUUCUGAGGUCGGUUCCAGAAGAGAGUCGGGCAUUAGCGUUGGGUAUUUUGUCGGCUGCCGUGGCGUUACUUGUGUUCAUUCCUACACCUAUUGCUUUUGGAAAGAUCUAUGACAGUGCCUGCUUAAUAUGGAAGACAACGUGUGGAGUGCGAGGCGCCUGUGGCUUAUACGACAUUGUAAAUAUGCGCUACCGAUUGGUCGCCCUAGACGUUGGCUGUCGUGGCUGCGCACUCCUUCUCCAUAUGGUGGCUUUUUGUAUAACAACUCGACAGGACAAAGACGACGAUUCUGAUGAAAUGAACAAAGAAAAUGCAGACAUUGUCAUCAAAAGCAUUUAG